AUGUACAAGUACGCUCUCAUAGCGACGGCGCUGGUCGGUCUCACCGCCUGCGAGGAGAGACCUCAUAAGACCCAGUAUGUUGACCCCUUCGCGAUGAUCGAUCGUCAUCUCACGCAUUCCCUCGCCUACCACUACCUGUGGCCGUGGAGUCAACUCAUCAGGGCCGCGGCGGCUCUGGACGUCGAGGAGAGUAUGGAAGACCCACAGAUCAUCUCUGAUGCGGAAAAAUAUCAAGUGAAUCUCAGUGUCCGGAGAUUUAAGCCGGAGGAGCUAAAAAUUAAAGUCAAGAAUCGAUACAUCAUAGUCGAAGGAAAACACAAAGAACAAGAUAAUGAUAAAAAAAUUAUGGCAAACCACUUUGUGCAACGAUUUGUGCUACCACCAGGAACAAAACAAGAAGAGGUUACAGCCGUCUUGAAUGAAAAAAACAUUUUAACGAUUACGGCUCCCAAACACGAAAUACCACCUCCACCUCCAGAGAGGGAAGUUCCCAUUGAAGUUAUGUCGAAGACGGAAAAGACAGAAGAACAGACAGAAAAAAUUGAACUCGAAAAACAAACUCCGUCUCCCGUCAUAGAGACGUCGGCGACACCUGGAGAACAAGUGGACCUUGAGGCGACGACACAUAUAGGUAAAAUAAGAAAGAAGGAAUUGAAAACAACGACGAAAGCGACCAAAUAUAACGAAGCCACGAAAAGUAUCGAAAGUAACGGAUUGGAUUAUGGUGUGAUUGAAGGUGAGGAGUGA